AUGACGCGACCUCGCGCGGCGUCGCGAAGCGCGCGACGAUCGUACGCGGAAAGCGAGCAAGCGUCGAGCGAGGACGACGAACACCGCGCCGACGACGCCGAGGUUGACGCCGAGGAGAAGUUUGAAUCCGAGGAGGAAGAAGAGCCGCUCAAACGUCGACGACGCGCGACGACGACGACGACGACGACGUACGGGACGACGAUGGUGCGGCGCGAGAAGCGUCGAUCGAGUCGUCAGGAGAACAAGCCUCGGAAAAGAUACGUGGACGACGACGACGACGAUGAGUUUGUCGCCGAGCAAGACGACGACGACGACGACGAGUUCGAGGAGGAGGACGAGGAGGAUUUCAUCGAGGACGAGAGCGACGACGAACCGGUGCGAAGGAGUACGCGCGCAAGAGAGCGUGUGAAUAGACUCUCGCCGACAUUCAAGCAGAGAAACGAUGACGACGAGGAGGAAGAGCUCGAAGACGGCGAAGAAGAGACGGACGACGACGACAUCGGCGACGUCGCGAACAAAACGUACCCGAAACGCACGCGUGGUCCGCCGCCGGAACGGUUCGCGCCUCAACGACCCGAAAGUGGUAAAGAUCGCUCGAAUUCCGGGCGUCCAGGAUUGUUCGAACGUCGCGGUACGACGUGGAAGGAUGACAGAGACAAAACGUCGUCGCGCGAGCGCUCGAGACGACAGACGUCGGGGAGGUGGAUCGAUGAUUCUGAAGAUUCGGACGACGGCGAAUUUAAUCUCGGUGCUGGCGCCAUGGAUGCGUUUAAGGCACCGCCCGCGUAUCCUCUCGCGGGCGCCGGUCCAUCCAGUGCCGCGCCGGGUCCAAACGUCGACGCCGAAAUUACACCAGUCACCGUCGACCCCACUUUGUCCUUCUCCUCGGUCGGUGGACUGGACAAGUACGUCGACGCGCUGAAAGAGAUGGUAUUCUUACCGCUCUUAUACCCAGAAGUCUUCGCACGCUUUAAAAUGAGUCCGCCGCGGGGUGUGCUCUUAUACGGCGCGCCGGGCACGGGGAAGACGCUCAUCGCGCGAGCGCUCGCCGCGUCUUGCAGUCGCGCAGGCUCUGAAGUCGCGUUCUUUAUGCGCAAGGGAGCUGACGUCUUGUCAAAAUGGGUCGGCGAAUCCGAGAGGCAGCUGCGUCUUCUGUUCGAAGAGGCACAAAAGCGGCAGCCGGCAAUAAUUUUUUUCGACGAACUCGACGGCUUGGCGCCCGUGCGAUCGAGCAAGACUGAUCAAAUUCACAACUCUUUGGUGGCGACCUUACUCGCGCUCAUGGAUGGCUUAGAUAAUCGAGGUCGUGUUGUCGUUCUUGGCGCGACGAAUAGAGUGGAUUCCAUCGACGGUGCGUUACGUCGUCCCGGGAGAUUUGAUCGCGAGCUGGCGUUUCCGCUUCCCGGCGUGAAGGCGCGCGGUGAAAUUUUACGUAUUCACACCAAGGCGUGGGAGCAGCGUCCGUCGGAAGCGCUCAUCGACGACCUUGCGGCGAAGUGCGUUGGGUACUGCGGCGCCGAUUUGAAAGCCUUGUGCACCGAAGCCGCGGUUCACGCCCUUCGCAGAAGAUAUCCGCAAAUUUACGAAUCCGACGAGCGGUUGAGCAUCGACCCGAAGCAAGUGAUUCCGAGUCGAGCAGAUUUCAGAGCAGCGCUCGCGGCAAUAGUUCCCGCGUCGCAUCGUGCCGCACGCACGCACGCGAGGCCGCUUACGCCUUUACAAAAGCCGCUUCUUGAGGGCGUACUGGAGGCGUGCUUGGAGAGCAUUCGCAAGACGUUUCCGCCGGCGACGUUCAUCACUCUCGAUGGCGACGGAGAAGCUGUGGGCGUGAAUUCCGGGGCCCGUCAAAUCACGGAUGCUGUCGCCGAGGAAGAAGACGAGGAUAUACUCGCGCAAGCGGCGGUGAGCGAUGAGGCCGCUGGUGCGCUGCCGAGCGAAUCAGCGGCGACCGCGGCGCUCGAAUUUAUGAGACGUCCACCUUGUCAGCGCACGGCGCUUUGCAUUCACGGCGCAGAAACUAGCGGUUACAAUCAGCUCACAUCGGCGCUUUUACACGCGCUAGAGCAGUUUCCCGUCCACGCGAUCGGCAUGCCAUCACUUCUCGGCGACUCUGGACGCUCGCCCGAGGAAGCUCUCGUGACUGCCAUCACGGAGGCUCGCCGCGCGGCGCCGUCAAUUUUGUAUCUCCCAGAAAUUCGACUUUGGUGGGAGAGUUCUACGCCGACGCUGCGCGCGGCGUUGACGACGCUUCUUCGCGACAUCCCAGCGGAUCUCCCGGUGAUGUUGAUCACCACGGCGGACGUCGCCACCGUCGAUGAACUCGAGGAGAGUCUUCGCGCGUCGUUCGCGUCCGUUCGCUGGAACCCCAUCGCGAUGCCAACGACGUACGACGAUGCAUCGUUGACGAAAUUCUACCGCCCGCUUUGUGAUGCGGCUUUCAAUAUUGCACAGAGACGAGACGUCGCGGCUUCCCGCGGCGAGCUCAUCGACGGCCGAGCACCGGCUUCCGCGCUCAAACGAGAAGUUCUCACUCGAGCCCCUCGCCCGACUGAAGGCAGCGGUCGAGAGGCCGUCAAACGCGGAUCGCAAAAACUUUCUCAAGCCGCCAUCGCGGCGGAGAAUCACCUGCUCCGUCAGCAGCGCAUGUUCUUGCGCGACGUCGUGACGAAGCUCUUGUACAAAAAGGCGUGGAACGUGCUCGCGGCGCCGAUUAACGACGACGAGUUGCCCGGGUAUUCGCAACGCGUCACCGAUCCCAUGGACCUCUCUACACUUCUUUGGAAAGUAGAUAGUGAGAAGUACACGACGAUUGACGCCUUCCUCAAGGAUGCCAAUCUCAUCACGAAGAGCGCUCACGAGUAUUGGGGCGAACGCCCCGAGUCAAACGACGGGAGGCAAAUGUUGAGCAAGGCCCACGCUUUAGAGGACACCAUAGCGCAAAUGGUAUCAGCGCUCGAUCCUCAGCUCGUAACGAGGUGCAACGAGAUCGAUCAGGCGCGAAAGGAGCGCGAGGGCAAGACGUCUGCGCACGCUUCGCCGGCAGAGGCGGCGGCUGAUUCCGGCAGCGACAGAGACAGACCCACGAGAAAACGAGACGAAGCCGCCAAGGGUGCGCCGGUUUGGCAAAAUCCCGAUUUCGUCAAGGACCCUGAAGCGCUGGCAAGACAACUGAAGAGAAAGGCUCGAGAAGAGGAGGAGCGCAAGAACGGCGCGGUAGACGAGAAAGCCGCCGACGAUCCGACGCCGAUGGAACAAGACGCCGCAGAGGACGUCGUCGCGGCGCAACCUCCGACGCCAGUCUCGAAACCCGGCCCGCCGGCGAAGGAAGACGCGGAAGUGGAGAAGAUCAAAACUUCCGCCGUGGCCACGUUCGUUAAAGCGGCAAGGAAGAGCGGUUACGACUUCACGCGGCUUGAAUCGUCGGCGAGCGACAUCGCUCGAGUCGCAAACGACGCAGCGAGCAAAGUGUCGGAACGGGGUUUGCGCGCGGACGCGCUGAAGGAGGCGUUCGCGAAGCUUUACGGUGAGGCGUAA